CUGCGAGCCGUCAAGGUACGGACAGAGUGUUCGCGUCCCUUCUGCAACCCUUUGCGACAACGUGACACCCACGCUGUCCGAUCACGAGUCAUUUGGAUCCCGGAUCAUCCUGAGGGCAUCCUACGAUACGUGAUUCCAGCAUAGGGAAAAGGAGUACUAAGAAUUGAAGAAACAAAGUAAUUGGGAACGUCGGCUCUCCUCGAGGAAGACACGUUUCUCUCGUGCGACCUCAGAACCUAGGGACGUGACUGAUAACAGGAGUUAUCGCUCCGAAAGACAAUUACACGUUAUUGGAUCGAUCAUCGAAUCUACACCGAGCAAUGGAUUCGUCUUUGAAAUCAAUCGGGCUGUGACUUUUAACGUCCUACUGUUUAUACAACAAGGUGUCAUUCUGUAAACAGAAGUGUCGGGACCCAGUGUGAUCUUGUGAAGUGAUCGUGAAAAGAGAUCGAUGAUCGUACAAGCCUAUGAAAAACUCUGUCGAAGACUGAGACAGUCUGACAAGCAAAAGGUGAUCCCUUAACAAGCAUUGUGAUAAAGAACGGUGAUAAUAAUAAACGGAUACUUAACUUCCUCUCCCAGUGAAAAGACUAUCUGUAAUGUGUACAAGUUUACAGAAAAAUUCGAUCCGUAUAACCGGGUCGUGAUAAUACGUGAAAACGUGGUUCUAACGCAGAACGUUAACCAACGGAUAAAAAGGUGUACUGACUGUACUGUUGGAACUGAAGAGACUGUGAGUGCAUAUAUAUAUAUAUAUAUAUAUAUAUAUAUUUAUAUGUAUAUUAAUAUUGAUGCAGGUGUGCAAGACAGGUGGAGCAUUAGUUAAUCGGCCGUAAAAUAGAGCAAUAAAACUCUGCGUUUGAAAUUGAUUAGCGUUAACAUCGGGCAAGGGUGAUCGGUUCUGUGAAUAAAGGAGACUGGAAGUUACCAUUCGGUAAAACCGUAGUGUAAAACGAAGGAAGGAAACGUCCGACUCUAAUUUACUCCUAAUUAUUACUCGGACGUAUGUAUACGUACGUAAUUACGGAGCACACGUGACUGCGGACACGUCAGUGUCAUUCAGUUGAAAUUACACAGUCAAGCAAGAGUCUCUCGCGUAUCCUCGCGCUCUCUCAUUAUUUACCCACCCACUCAGCAUAGACUCCUAUCUCGAUCUCGUUGUAGCCUCUACUUAAAAUUUAGCGUCUCGCUCUGUCGUUAUUGACAUCCAUUAUUUUUUUCUCGCUCCGUCACUCUCGCUCCUACAAAACAAUCUCCUCUCUUUCGUACCGUGAAACAACUUCUUGUCCCUGUGGAUAUUUUGUUUUUGUAUAACCUCCACCGUCUGGCUGAUUGUGCCUGCUCGUGGCGCGGUGCGCGGUCGGGACUCCCGCCGACAAAUAGAAUAAUUAAAACCGCAUUAACCAUGGCAGUUAUCGCUCGGACAACGAAAGAGCGCGAAACGUGAAGGAAAUCGUUGGGACAAUUGUCCCAAUAAACUUGACCGCUACGACAACAAUAAUCGUGCGUGAGACAUCCGUGAACGUUGCAGCGUGCGAAUUACGUAUGCGUAUACCGAUAUAAGCGGUGGUCGAUUUUUUUUUCAUCAGUCGUAAUUAAAACCUUUGCCUCUUAAUCGUCCCCAAUUACCCGUCAUUAUAUGAGAUAAUUAAGUAAGCCGAUGUAAGCGUGGAUCGACUCACUCACGACUACGAUACGUCUAUUACGUACGGGAUAGAUCUUCGUAUGUUUGGUGAAUCGUGAAGCCUGUCACGUUCUUCGUACACGGUGUUAAUGACUGUGUCGAGUGAUAGAGGUAUACCGAUAGAAAGGUGUAGCUUCGUUACGUGAACGGAGAAAAAAAGAAGAAGUCGUGCAAGAGACGUCAAUAAAUAAUUAAAUAAUCGUCGCUGACAAUUGAUCGAAAAUUCGAUAUUGCUCGAGCGAUCGAGAGGAACGAAUUACGCGGGAGUCCCAAGCGCUGGAGACGUCUCUGCGGUGCCUCGUGACAUUUUGAAAAAAAAAAAAAAAAAAAAAAAAAAAAGGAAAGAACAAAAGAAGCGAAGAAACUGAAAUCACGUCGAUCCAGCUUAAUUACGACGAGGGAGAUAAAUAAUAGCUAUUCGCUGAACCCACAUCAGAACGACGUCCCACAUACAUCAGUCGCUGGUCGCCUCAGACUACGUGUCUCUGGGAUGCUUGGCUGACAUGGCGGAGGGCUCGGCCGAGGAGGAACAAAGCAGCACGGCCGCACCAGCUUCGCCACCGGCCGAUUUGCGCACCCUGAGCACACAGCUGUCCUCGUACAAGAGACAGCGUCACCAGCAUCGGCAGCAUCUCUAUCAGCAUCCCAAGAUACAGAGGCGACAUCCCAAUAUGUUGGCCACGGCUCUUCCACCUAGACACAGUCACAGCAUGCUGGUGCAUCAGGUCGACAUGGAAAAGGACGGGGACGCGUCCUGCGACGUGCCACUCAAUCUGAAGAGCGAGGACAGUGAUAGGAGUAAUGCAGGGAGUCCUGAACCUGGUUCAGGUGCUCUGCACGAGCACCAGAUGCUGAUGAGUGGUAUAAAUAAUUCACCACCGCGAGAACCAAGCACGCCCCCCGAGAGUAAAGAUCACGCGCGAGCCGCCGCCCAGACACACCUCAAUGGAACAAUGGCCAGUAUGGUCACCUUGCAGAAUCUUCAGAAUCUGGCGAGUCUGCAGAAUCUCCCACAAGUUGCAUCCCUCGCGGCUGGUUUCCAGGGGAUGGCAGCAGGACUGACCAACAAUCAGCUCAUCAACACUCCUCUCAAUUUAACCGUGAGCUCAUCGGGAACGUUACCGACGUCGUCCAGCACAGCAGCCGCACCUCAUCUCUUGCCACCGAGCACAGCUCCCAUGGAGUCAUUACCGCAGUUACUUUCGCAACCGCAACCAGUUGCGAUGCCUCAAUUCAUCCUGACUUCCGGUCAGUUGAUUCAGGGCAUACAGGGUGCGCAGUUACUUAUCCCGACUUCCCAAGGCAUCGCGACGCAGACUAUUCUCACCAUCCCAGUCAGUCACGUGACGAACAAUCAAAUGGUCAACUUGGCUCUUAGUAAUGGUCAAGUCGUCUCGACGACCUUAGCCAAUCUGGAGUCGAUCGCCCAGCCGCAGAAUAUGAUGAAUCCGGGGGCGCUACCUCAUCUCCUGGGAAAUAGUUCAGCGAGUCAGCAACUCUUGAACGCCAUGCAACCGCAGCAACUUCUUCAGGCUGCCCAGGCUGCUCAGGCACAGGCUGCUCAAGCCGCACAGGUCGCACAGGCUGCGCAGGCCGCUCAGGCUUCUCAGCAACCUUUGCACAUGACGUCAUCGCAGCAACACAGUCAUCGACACAGUACCCAUUCGAAUCACUACCCGUCAGCGAAAAAGCAUCACAGAGACAUACCUGAGCAAUCGUCGCCACUGAAUGGUUCUGCCGUCUCAGCAGCGUCCGCCUUAAAUAGGUUGGCAGCCACUAAUGGUGAAAUUACUAUUACUACUACCCAUGGACCAGAAAGCGUCGGUAUGAAGGCCUCGCCGAGUAGUUUGCACAGUCCUAAGGUCGAUGAAGAUGAUCUUCUCAGUGAUUCUCCGAAUCAACCCACUAUCAACGAGGCUACCAAUAACGUAGUGGAUGGUAUCAAUUUAGACGUAAUCAAAGAAUUCGCCAAGGCUUUUAAAAUUCAACGAUUAUCGCUGGGCCUCACACAGACCCAAGUCGGUCAGGCCCUUAACGUCAGGGAAGGACCUGCCUAUAGUCAAAGUGCGAUAUGCAGUGCCCUGGCUACCCAGAUGUACGCUGCCUCGCAGAUUGCCUCUCAGCAGCCAAAUAUGUUUGAAAAGCUGGAUAUUACGCCGAAGAGUGCCCAGAAAAUAAAGCCGGUUCUCGAAAGGUGGAUGAAAGAAGCGGAAGAGAGUACGAUUGAUUCCAGGUACAAGAGCGGCGCUAAUCACCUGACGGACUUCAUUGGGGUGGAACCGAGCAAGAAGCGAAAACGAAGAACCUCCUUCACUCCUCAGGCUCUGGAACAAUUGAACGCCCAUUUCGAUCUCAACACCCAUCCUUCAGGUACUGAAAUCACAAGGCUGGCCUAUCAAUUGGGAUACGACAGGGAAGUGAUAAGAAUCUGGUUCUGCAACAAGAGACAAGCUCAGAAGAAUACCGUGAGAAUGAUGGCAAAGGAACUAAAUUCAAGGGACUAAUUAGUGCGGAACGAAUUUGAUGGAUGGAAAAUACAUAAUAAUAACGUAUGCGGCUGUCUGUCUCCGAGUAUGUGUGCGUGUGCGCGCGCGAGACAUAGGGAGAGAGAAAGAGAGAGAAUGAUAAACCACGUGCCCUUGGGAUCGUCCCACUCGUAGCGUAAAAGAUUUUUACAAUGAUCCUCGUAGAUCUUAUUGAUCUUCCCGCACCGGUACAUCGGGGAAGAUUGAUCGCGGUCGAUCUCGUAAUAAUUGAACGAUCGGGACGAUACUCGGUGUAUACUACAAGUAUUGUGAUCGCCACGUAUACGCAUCAUGUAUCAUGUGUAAAUAUUUUAAUCGAUAUUUCUCAAUCGAUGAGGAAUCAAUCGAAGCAGUAUUUAUUUAUGACCUCCUCUUCUCCUAUGGGAAUUCGAGGUCAAGGAGAGUCGAUCGCCCGGAUCAAUCCUGAAAUGACGUGGAUCAAUGAUAUCGUAAUGUGAUAUUCAGUGAUUUAUUGAUUUUCACUUUGAAGCGUCUAUUAAAAGUUUUAAGCUGCUCUCCGUUUUCCGCGACUUAUCUAAUUAAGAAACUACGAGAUAUUUACUGCGAGUAAAUUUGCAAUAACGUAUCUGAAACUAUACUGUGUCAUGAACGGUAUAGUGCAUUCACUCAAUGAUGGAAGAACGGCAACGGAUAUCAAUGCAGAUAAUUUCAUGAAAAUCAAUAACCAGUUUCGGGAUUUUAGCGAGAAUCGCACGUUGACACGAUUAAGCAUAAUCCAUUUCUAAUAAGCCAGUCCGCAACGUUCUGCCAUAUGCGACAAGUGUAUACGUUGAAUUCUUGCAACUAAAGAAUUGCCAUUGCAACUUUACUUUUUCGUUUAUGCAUUUACAGUUCGUACUCUCGAAUCCUUAUGACAUUUGUAUAUAUUUUUUUUCUUGCCACUCGCAGAAACCAUUCUCUUUAAUUAUCAUAGUAUGAUUAUGUACAAGGUAUUAGAAACAAAAUUGCCUACAGAAUGAGGGAAAAACUUCGCUAACAGAUGCUAUAUAUAUUGAGAUAGGCAAAUUGAAAGGACAUUAAGAUUUGUUCUUUUAAGUGUCGAAUACCACUUUCGUAACAUUCUAGUAGACUUUCUUUUCGUAUUCAUUUAUUCGCUGGCGAUCUUUUAUAGUGUCCUAAUUUUUUUUUCUAUCGUGUCCUUUUGAGUAAACACAUACUAUAUUCAGCACUUUGUAUAAAGAGGAUAGAUAACGGCUGUAAUUAUACAUAUAUACAUAUAAUUAGAACGAUAUAUGUAUAUAUAUACAGGUACGUAUAACUACUUACUAAAUCGUACUCGAUGCCACGAGUGUAGUCUUUGUAAAUAAAACGUCUAGGCAUUGUAAUACUAUAUUACAAUAGUUUUAAUAUCAUAGCUAUGAAAUAGCUUGACUCAUGAAAAGAAAAUUUACAUGGUUAAUGAUGAGAAAAAAAAAAGAGAGAAGAUGAUAAAUUAAACAAAGGAUAUUUUAGGAUUUUACUUUAAGGCGCAAGAAAAAGAAGAGCAAAGUAAUUUGUUCCUAAAGGUUGUAUUAUAGUGCGAAAAACGAGAAGGAAACACGAACAUGGAGGAGGUUUUUGGGAGUCACGAAAAUAGAAAAAAAAGAAAAUAAAACUGAAAGAAUUAUGCUUAUUGUUAGUGCUACGGUGCGAAAUUCAAAAUUCAAAAUUUUGAUCGUGAGCAAACCGAAGAUGUAAAACGAUGCGAAACUAAUAACGUCGAAGCUGCGUGCUGUCCUUUUUGAUAAAAAUUAAAAAAAAAAAACGUUUGUACAGAGAUAUUCCGGUUAUUAAAUUUUGUUAUGAAAAUGAGAGAAAGACGCGAAACGAAAAAAGUCGUAGAAAUCAUGUGUAUUUUCUUCGUGAAAUGAAUAUCUACUAGGUCCACUAUGCAAAUAUUAAUAUGAGUAUUAAAAAAAAAAAUUGAAAACUGAAAACUAAAAUUACAUGGAAAAAACGAACACACACAAAUCCCACACGUGUUACACCACACACGCCCCACAUAUGCAGACAGAUUUAAUAACAUGUGAAUUGUAUUCGUGAGUGUCAUAUUUCUAAGGAAGAAUAGAUCCAUGGGCGAAUGUUUUAUAACAGUUUUCAGCCAAAUUCAUUUGCGUCUUGCAUAAUAAGCCGAUUGAGCCAAUUAAAAAAUGUUCACGUACAAUUUACCCAAAGAAAUGUUCGCCGUACUUAUGCGCUGGUGGAACGCGAACGCGCGAUUGAAAUCGCAUAUAAUAUUUUCGAUGUAACGGGAGGAAACUGUUUUUGAAACAUUGCCCAGCGAAACCGAAGUUCCUACUACGUUUUAUAAAGUGUAAACUGGACUGCAAAAACUUGGAAUGUAAAUACGAGACGCAGAUUAAGCUAGUAUUCACAAUACAAUCAGCAAUUUAAUGAAGCUAAAGACUAUUAUUAGCUACGACUCGGGAUCGAUCGAUUUAACAAAUUAAACUUUAUCAAUGCGAAUUAAUUAAUACUGCUACCAAUGAUUAAUGACGUUUCAGUCUAAUACCUAGAAAUCCUUCUGAUACCAGUGAAAGGAUCGUUACACUUAUUACUUGCGUGUUCCUUUCUAUCGCCGAAAUAGACCUGAACCGAUUGAUGUCUGAUCAUUGAUCAUGCAUCUGCAAUUAAACUCGAAUCGAUCGAUUCGCGAAUCGACGGAUAAGCACAGUCGGCAGUUAAGCACAUAAGUAUACAAUUAGCAUAAGCAAAUGUAGCUUUAGAUUUCAAUGUUAGAAAAUAGGUACGAUGUAACAUUAAACUACGUAUUUAAUGAAGAGAAAAAAAAUUUAGACUAAGCGAAUACCUGUGUAAAACCUAGUAGGUGUCCACAAGUAAAAUAAAAACAUAUAUUGUGGUACAAAUCA